ACGCGGAAAAUUCCGCAGGGCCAAACCAAAGGAACCGAGACGCGCAACGCCCACACUGCCUGCGCUCCUCUGAUCUGCGCUCGUCUUCCUCCUCACACCACUUCCUUCCUCCCAAUCCCCCCGCGCUUCCUGAUUCGAAGAACCCUAGCGCCCGCCAUUUGAUGCGGCGGCGCCCGCCAUGUCGUCAUGGGGCCUGGGCUGGAAGCGCAGCUCCGAGAUCUUCCACCUCACCCUCGACUACGGCGACUUCGCCGACGAGCCCGAUCAGGACCCCUCCUCGCCCCCGGCCCCGCCCCCGCAGUCCCCCACCGCCGCGUCGCCCACCGCCUCCUCCUCGCCCGUCGCCACCAUGAACGGCGACCUCGGCUUCCGCAUCGAGCUCGACUGGUCCACCAGCGACGACGAAGACCAGGUCGCGCUGCGCCUCCAGUCCCAGCUCAUGGUCGCGCUGCCCCCGCCCCACGACGUCGUCUGCGUCGAUCUCAAGCCCGCGGACGACGGGGACGACGUGGGGGUGGAGAUGCGGGUCGUCAGGAGACGGGAGGCGCUGCGCUCGGUGCGGGUCGCGCGGGCGCUGGGCUCAACGCAGAGCACCGGUGACGGCGCCGUGGUCCUCGCGCGCCUCAUCAGAUCCAACCUCGCGCCCGCACCGGCUGCUGAUGGAGCCGUCGCCGCAGGGGUGCCCGUGCUCGCCGACCACUGGCGCUCCGUCGCGGUGCUCAGCCUCUGCAACUGCGGCCUGAUGGUGCUUCCCGUUGAACUAACUCGCCUUUCGUUUCUUGAGAAGCUAUAUAUUGACAACAAUAAAUUGUCAGUUUUACCACCUGAAGUUGGUGACUUGAAGAACUUGAAAGUGCUUACAGUUGACAACAACAUGCUAGUUUCUGUCCCUGUAGAACUGCGGCAAUGUGUUUUGCUGGAGGAAUUAUCACUAGAACACAACAAGCUGGUCCGCCCAUUAUUGGAUUUCAGGUCAGUGCCUAAGCUCCGUGUAUUGCGCUUGUUCGGAAAUCCCCUAGAGUUUCUUCCAGAAAUUUUGCCGCUGCAUAACCUUAGACAUCUCACACUUGCAAAUAUUAGAAUUGAUGCACUUGAAAGUCUUAAGUCUGUCACUGUGGAAAUAGAGACUGAGAACUAUUCCUACUUCAUUGCGGCCAGGCACAAACUUAGUGCCUUCUUUUCGCUUGUUUUCCGGUUCUCUUCCUGUCACCACCCUUUGCUGGCCUCUGCGUUGGCCAAAAUAAUGGAAGAUCGUACCAAUCAAGUUGCCAUUAGCAAAGAAGAAAAUGCUGUCAGACAGCUUAUCAGCAUGAUAAGCAGUGAUAAUCGUCACGUGGUUGAGCAAGCAUGCCUUGCUCUUUCGUCACUAGCGUCAGAUAUUUCAUCAGCAAUGCAGCUGAUUAAGUGUGAUAUUAUGAAGCCUAUAGAAGCUGUACUGAAAUCAUUUGAUGAUGAAGAAUUAAUAUCAGUAUUGCAAGUCGUGGUCACGUUAACUUUUGUUUCUGAUCAUGUUGCUCAAAAGAUGUUGAGAAAAGAUGUGCUCAAGUCACUGAAAGCACUUUGUGCACACAAGAACUCUGAGGUGCAACGCUUAUCUCUAUUUGCAGUUGGCAAUUUGGCUUUCUGCUUGGAGACUCGUCGCACCCUCAUUCACUCUGAGAGCUUACGUGACCUCUUAAUUCGCUCUACUUUUUCACAAGAGAAGCGUGUCAGCAAGGCAGCUGCUCGUGCUCUCGCAAUUCUAGGGGAGAAUGAGAACUUGCGUCGGGCAAUAAGAGGGAGACCAGUUGCAAAGAAGGGUCUGCGCAUUCUUUCAAUGGAUGGUGGUGGCAUGAAGGGCCUUGCAACUGUCCAAAUGCUAAAACAGAUAGAGCAAGGGACUGGGAAGCGAAUACAUGAAAUGUUUGACCUCAUAUGUGGUACAUCAACAGGUGGCAUGCUUGCGAUGGCUCUUGGAAUCAAGCAGAUGAGUUUGGAUCAGUGUGAAGAGAUAUAUACAAAACUUGGUAAACUUGUAUUUGCGGAACCUGUCCCUAAGGACGAAUCUGCUACAUGGAAGGAGAAACUUGAUCAACUUUUCAAAAGUUCAUCACAGAGUUUUAGAGUGGUUGUACAUGGGUCGAAGCACAGCGCAGAUCAAUUCGAGAGGUUACUAAAGGAAAUGUGUGCUGAUGAUGAUGGUGACCUUCUAAUAGAGUCUUCUGUGAAAGGCAUUCCGAAGGUUUUUGCUGUAUCAACUUUGGUCAGCGCCAUGCCUGCCCAACCAUAUAUAUUCCGGAACUAUCAGUAUCCACCCGGCACUCUGGAGGUAUCACCAGGAAUGGCAGAAAGUCCAUCUACUGGCGCAGUUGGAACGGUUGUUUCUGGUGCACCAGUUGGGAUUAAACGUGGGGCUUUUAUGGGGAGCUGCAAGCAUCACGUAUGGGAAGCCAUAAGAGCAUCAUCUGCAGCUCCAUAUUAUCUGGAUGAUUUCUCUGAUGAUGUAAAUCGCUGGCAAGAUGGAGCUAUUGUAGCGAACAAUCCCACGAUCUUUGCAAUAAGAGAAGCACAACUUUUGUGGCCUGAUACGAGAAUAGAUUGCCUAGUUUCAAUAGGGUGUGGCUCAGUUCCAACUAAGAGCCGGAGAGGUGGAUGGCGCUACUUGGACACUGGGCAAGUUUUAAUAGAAAGUGCAUGCUCAGUGGAGAGAGUGGAAGAAACUUUGGAUACACUGAUACCUAUGCUUCCUGAGAUGCAAUAUUUCCGCUUUAAUCCAGUUGAUGACAGGUGUGGUAUGGAGUUAGAUGAGACUGACCCGGCUGUCUGGCUUAAGUUGGAGGCUGCAACCGAAGAGUACAUUCAGAAAAAUUUAGAUGUUUUCAAGAAUGUUUGUGAGCUUUUAGUUCCAAGAUAUCAAGAGGAAGAGAAGUCUUCUGGAAUUGUCAAAUCCCUGUCAUUUUCAAGAUUGAGUACAUCAAAAUCAGGUUUAAGUGAAAGUAAUCCUACCUUGGGAUGGAGACGUGUGGUUCUACUUGUAGAGGCUUCAUUUAAUCCUGAUUUUGGAAAGAAGAUAAAUCAUACUCGUUCGCUUGAAGCAUUCUGUUCUCAGAAUGGUAUUAGGCUUACUCUAAUGAAUAGCACUUCUGGAUUUGGAAAGCCAACUACUGCACUCCCAACUCCAAUUACCUCUCCCUUGUUUACUGGGAGUUUUCCAUCUAGUCCACUUCUGUAUAGUCCAGAAGGCACUCAACGGAUUGGUCGAAUUGACCUAGUUCCGCCGCUUAGCCUGGAUGGUCACCCAGCUAUGAAGUCAUCACCACCAACAUCGCCAAUAAAGUCAUGGCAGCCAUCUGGACAUGUUCGGUCACUGUACGACAAGUUGCAAAAUAUGCCUCAGGUUGGUGUGAUACACCUGGCUCUUCAAAAUGAUUCAACUGGUUCGAUAUUGAGCUGGCAGAAUGACGUAUUUGUAGUUGCCGAGCCAGGGGAACUUGCAGACAGGUUUCUGCAGUGUGUCAAAACAAGCUUGUCUACCAUGCUGCAUGGGUCUAAAAGAACGGGUGCAUAUUCUGUUUCAAAGAUUUCAUGCUUGUCUGAGUUAGUUGCGGAAUGGCCAUCGUUUGAAAUCGGUGGGAUACAUCACCGCUAUAUAGGGCGCCAAACACAAGUGAUGGAAGAUAACCAAGAAAUUGGUGCCUAUAUGUUCAGGAGGACAGUGCCUGCUUGUCACAUGUCACCUGAAGAUGUUCGCUGGAUGGUUGGAGCAUGGAGGGAGAGGAUUAUUGUGUGCAGUGGCAAGUAUGGUUUUGUUCAUGGCCUCAUCAAGGCAUUCGUGGAUUCUGGUGCCAAAGCAAUCAUCUCAUCAUCUGUCGAGCCUCCAGAUUCCCAGGCAAUCGCAUACCAUGGGAUGGAUGUAAGUGGAAGCCUCGAGAAUGGGAAGUUUGUCAUUGGGGAUGAUGAAGCUGAUGAGUCGGAGCCUGAACCUGUUAGCCCUAUAAGUGACUGGGAAGACAGCGAUGCUGAGAAAAACGGUGAAGGCAACAAAGAUAUUGAUGAAGAGGAGUACUUGGCUCAGUUUAUCUGCCUCUUAUAUGACAAGUUGUUCCGUGAGGGAGUCACAGUGGACACUGCUCUUCAACAAGCACUCCGCGCACAUCCUAGGUUGAAGUACAGCUGCCAUCUACCGAAUGUUUCGUAGUUAGUGAUAUUCACAACCCAUACAAAAAUAUGAAAUUGAUGAUACUAGAAAAAAAUAAGGAUCGUGUGGAUUCAUAAUGGGGUUAUAGAAUUCUUUUUACGAGGAAGGGGUUAUAGAGUUUAUACUCGUGUUCAUUGUGCAGGCGGAGGAAAGUGAAUGUUCCCCAAUUGAAUCUUUUGGCGAAUGCCGUUGUAAAACUGUAGUACAUAGAUCAUGUACUGAUGGAGGCUAAUAGAAAAGCAAAUGAAAUAAAGGUUGAAGGCUUUGUACUGUGUA